AUGGUUUCAACUCAUAAUAAGGAUAAACCCUGGGACAGGGAUGAUAUUGAUAAAUGGCAUAUUGAAGAAUUUAAACCUGAAGACAACAAGUCUGGCCAACCAUUUGCAGAGGAGUCUAGUUUUAUGACUUUGUUCCCUAAAUACAGAGAAGUGUACCUCAAGUCAGUUUGGAAGGAUGUAACUAGAGCUCUGGAUGCUCACCACAUUGCAUGUGAAUUAAACUUGGUUGAAGGUUCCAUGACUGUGAAAACCACAAGAAAGACGUACGACCCGGCCAUUAUUUUGAAGGCGCGCGACCUCAUCAAACUCUUAGCUAGAUCAGUUCCAUUUCCACAAGCUGUUAAGAUCUUACAAGACGAUGUAGCGUGUGAUGUUAUAAAAAUCGGUAACUUUGUUUCUAAUAAGGAAAGAUUUGUUAAAAGAAGACAAAGAUUGGUCGGACCCAACGGUAACACACUAAAAGCUCUCGAGCUUCUAACAAAGUGUUACAUCCUUGUUCAAGGUAAUACUGUAUCUGUCAUGGGGCCUUUUAAGGGUUUAAAAGAAGUACGCCGUGUAGUCGAAGAUUGUAUGAGGAAUAUCCAUCCAAUCUAUCACAUCAAAGAAUUGAUGAUAAAGAGAGAGCUUGCUAAGAAGCCAGAACUAGCAGAGGAAGACUGGUCCAGAUUUUUACCUAUGUUCAAGAAAAGGAAUGUGGCCAGAAAGAAGCCAAAGAAGAUCAAAGAAAAGAGAGUAUACACGCCAUUCCCACCUGCACAAUUGCCUAGAAAGGUGGAUUUGGAGAUCGAAUCUGGUGAGUAUUUCUUAAGUAAGAAAGAGAAAGAAGUAAAAAAAUUGCAGGAACGUAGGGAACAGCAAGCUGUUAAACAUGCCGAAAAGGAAAGUGAAAGGGCCAAAAACUACAUUGCUCCUAAAGAGGAAGAAUAUAAGAGCACGAUUUCAAAGACGGAUAACAAAUGA